GAAUGAAGAUAGAAUAGAAGUUGGUAAACUCACAUCAGAUGAUUAUUUUAAAUCACUUUUCUCCCCCUUUGUGGCUAGUUAUUCUGUUCUUCCUCCUUUCACACACACCCCACCGACUGAGACUGGACCAGACCACAGCAAAUGGUUUGAGGGGGCUCGGGCGCAGCGCUCAAAGAGAAACGUCAUUUUGGUGAACCAUAAGUGAUUGAAAAAACAACCGCUUCCUUUUAAGUGGCGUUCAUACAAGGAUUUAGAACCAGCCGUUGCUCUGCAGACGUCCAGCGACAGAGUCCAGAGUUUCUUUGAGCCGCUUUCCCUCCUUGUGUUUUCCACACCGUUGAGUCAGCCAUCGGAGCAGGCUGAACAAAGCCACAGGACAGGAGAGAGAGAGAGAGAGAUAGAGGGGAGCUUCUGGGAAGAAAUGUCUCUCACAGACUCUGUCUCCUCGACAACCGGUGCAUGGACCUGAUGAACCUCAAGAUCACAAGUUUAGUGCCAUAAAAGUGGACCAAGCAGACCUGACCUGAUCACUUCACCUGGGUUUCUUCUGUCAUCAUCACCAGGUGCUGAGAUGGAGGCAGAUGAUGAGCCACUGCUGUUUCAGGCGAGCUGGGGAAGGGCUGAGGAAGAGGAGGAGGAUGAAGUGAUGCAUGCAGCAGGACAGAGUUGCUCCGCUGGGAAGGUGGGGGUUUGUGGGGUGUGGAGGGCAGCGGGCUGGAUUUACACACAGCCGUGGGCCAGUGGAUUGGUUUUAGGGGUGGCCAUCCUGCUGCCAUGUGCCCUCUUUGCCUACAUGCUACUUUACUGCCCCCCGCUGGACAUAGACCUGUCUUACAGUGCCUUUGAGGUUCACAGUCACUUCUCCGCCGAGCGCUUUGAUGCCCUUACCAUUGCUGUAAAGACUCAGCUCGGGUCUUGGGACAGACGCAGGCGAGAUGUCGAUUAUUCCCAGUCCGAGGCUCUGCAAGAACUUCUGUUGGGGAAGCUGGGGAGAACAGGGUGGCUCAACAAGACCCACACUCAAAUAAACAGCACUUCACAAAGUGGUAAAGACCUGAGAAAAAGAGCUGCAGCUUAUCAAGACACAAGGACAAAGCCGGAUUUGAGUCAAAGGGAGCUGAGACUACAGGUUAGAAAUUCCAGCUUUUCCCUCAACAGAAGACGCAGGUUUGCCUCCAACUACUACAUGCAGAGCCAGGCUCUGUGGAGGAUUGAGCUGGUGUUUGUGGCUCAGGGGAAAGGAAAUCACAACAUCUUUACUCCUGAGCGUCUGCAGACGAUUCACCAAGUGGAGCAUCUGCUCAUGCAGCACCCUCAGUUUCAUCAGUUCUGCUGGAAGCCUCUGGAAAUAACGAAGGACCUUCCACUGGGACCAUCGUACUGCUCUCCCCCCAGCUCCGUCCUGUCUUACCUCUAUCCCAGCGAAAGAGGGGGCAAGAUAUACUACGAUGGCAUGGGACCAGAUCUGGCUGACAUUCAAGGUUCUCUCAGUCUGGCCAUCACCCACCCUCAGUUCUACUGGUACGUGGAUGAGAGUUUGACACCAGAGCAUCUUUCUUCCUCUCUCCUCCGCAGUGAGAUCCACUUUGGAGCUCCUCUGCCGUCCUACUAUUCCCUGCAGGACCGAGCGGACGAGCAGAGAGCGCGCUUCAAAAACUUUGUGGUUCAGUAUGCAGACACUUUGGCCAAGCAAUCCACCAGUCAAGUGAAGGUGCUGUAUGGUGGGACGGAGCUGUUCGAUGACGAAGUGAGACACACCUUUUACAACGACAUGAUGCUCGCUGUCAUCAGUGGAGCCUGCAUCACUGUACUAGUCUACAUCCUUACUUCUUUUUCAGUUUUCCUGACGUUCUUUGGACUGGUGAGCAUUGGACUGAGCUGCUUGAUGGCUCUUUUCCUAUACCACGUGGUGUUCGGAGUGAGGUACCUGGGCAUCCUCAAUGGUGUUGCAGCCUUUGUUAUUAUCGGUAUUGGGGUGGACGAUGUGUUUGUGUUCAUCAGCACCUUCAGGCAGGCCUCUCAUCUGCAGCAGCCUCGGGAGCGCAUGAUCUACACGAUGAAAACAGCUGGCAGAGCCACGUUCCUCACCUCCUUCACGACCGCAGCUGCUUACGCCGCUAACACAUUCUCUCAGAUCCCGGCCGUGCAUGACUUUGGGCUGUUCAUGGCCCUCAUUGUCAGCUGCUGCUGGCUUUGGGUGUCCAUCAUGAUGCCGGCAGCCCUGUGCAUCUGGACUCAGCACGUGGAGCCUCAUGAACACGGCUGGCUGAAUUGCGUGAAUCUGUUUCCAGGUUUGUCAACAAGCUACAGCCCUUUGUCAGAUGAGGAUGGUGAUGUGGCCUUGCUGUCAGUGGAGAUGGAACCAGGUUUCUGUGAUGCAGAGGACGAUGCAGCCAUUCUGUCUCUUUCAGUGGAGACUGAUGUGACCCCUCCAGGAAAGCAGCAUGUUGGGGUGGUGAGCACAAAUCUCCAGUGGGGCCUGAAACACUUGGUGGCCGAACCGGCUGUGAAGCACAGAAAAAUGGUAUUAGGCGUCUUCCUCCUUGUUUUUCUCCUAUCUGCUGGAUGCUGCUGUCUCCUGAGACCGGCCACUCGUGCGCCUCUUCUCUUCCGCAAAGACACAAACCUGCAGACUCUGCUGGCUUUGCGGAGCAACCUGAGCGGCCAGGGCAUCUCCUGUCCCAUGUGCUCAGGCGUGUUCAUGGAAAAACCCCAACCACUCCACUCCCAUGCUUCCUCCUUUCCUUUUAGGUUCUCAGCGCAUCAGCAUGGCCCGACUCCAGCAGCAACCCCAGCUGCUCCUCAGAGCUUUAUAAACUCCAGCAUAAACCAAACAGGCUCCUUACUGACAAUUUACAUAUCAAAGUUAGACCAGGGAGUCUCUACAACAAUAUACAGUUUUUCACUCAAUGCCAGCAUUGAAUCCCCUUGGAAAAUCUGCAGCACGGAUCACGAGGAGCUGUCUUCGUUCCAGGCCUUUAGUCAGCCGCAGAGCAAUUACACCACCAGAAUGACAGUGUGUGUUUCCCAUGUGUACCGCCCGAACCCCAGCUGGAUGAUCACAUCUGGUUCAUGUGAUUCUCGACACGGUUGGACGCGGGACUUUUCCUUUUAUGCAGCAGCUUCUCCGCAGCGGAACAGCAGGAGGCUGUACUUUGCUCAGUGUCGCCAGAGACCUCAUCCCAGCAGAGUCUGUGUUAACACUCCUGGAUGUGGAUACUCUUCUGGACCUGAUGGACAUUCACGUGGAAGCUUUUAUGUUCCUUUCCCCAGUGAUCCCCCCCCUUCUACAGUGAAUAAAACAUCUAAAACAUCUGGCUUCAAUCCGUGCAGCGGCGGUACAUGCGGCCACCCGGCAGUGCGCCCUUUGGUUGACACUGGGGCCAUGGUUUUUGUCGUGUUUGGGAUACUGGGGGUCAAUCGAACUGAACAUAAGGACAACCAUGUUAUUGGCGAUAUGGGCAGCAUAAUACUGGAUCCAGACUUUGAUAUUUUUAAGGAGAUGGGCCAUCUUUGCAAAAUCUGCAAAGCUGUUGGUGCAAACAGACAGCUUGUGAAGCCAGGAGGAGCCCAGUGUUUGCCAUCAGGCAACAAGCUCUCUUCUGUUUUGCCUCUACUCCAUCCUGAUUGUCAGUCUCUGCCUGAGCCCAACCUGCUGCCGGGGCAGCUCUCCCACGGAGUGGUGGGAAUGCACGGAGACAAGGUCCGCUGGCUGUCCAUGGCCUUUGAAUCGACCACAUACAAGGGCAAGUCCUCUUUUCAGACCUAUUCCGACUUUCUCCAGUGGGAGACCUUCAUCCAGGAGCUGCUCGCCGGCCUCCCACAGUCUUCUGCCCUGCAGAAAGGCUUUCAGACAUGUGAACACUGGAAACAGAUUUUCAUGGAAAUCAUAGGUGUAGAGAGUGCCCUCUGGAGUCUGCUGCUAUCACUAGCCAUCUGUGUGGCGACUGUGUCGGUGUUCACUGCACAUCCUCUGCUGUUGCUCCCAGUACUUGUAACUAUUUUAGGAGUGAUCUGCCUGGUUGUUGCCAUUAUGUACUGGCUGGGAUGGGAGAUGGGAGCUGUGGAGGCGAUUUCCCUCUCAAUCCUCGUCGGAUCUUCGGUGGAUUACUGUCUGCACCUGGUGGAGGGAUAUCUGCUGGCGGGGGGCAUCACUCCCUCUACAGCUGCUCAUGAUUUGGAUCCUUCUCCUUUGGCAAGGCAAAGGCGAACUCUGCAGGCAGUGAACCAUGUGGGCGUUGCCAUAGUGUCCAGCGCCGUCACUACAGCAAUCUCCACAGUCCCUCUGUUCUUCUGUAUCAUUGUGCCUUUUGCCAAGUUCGGUCAGAUUGUGGCCAUCAACACAGCCAUCUCUAUUUUCUUCACCCUGACCAUAACCGUUGCCAUGCUGGCCAGUGUGGCCCCUCCCCACUUCAGCAGACACCGGCGUGCUGUGCUUAAGGCCACCCUGGCUGUGAUGGCAGCUGCAGCCCUGGGAGCUCUUAUAUGCUGGGUGGGAAGACAGCAGGGCGUAUUGGCCUGGCUGUCGAUCAGGACAUAAACUCUGCAGUCCAUCCAGCGGGGCGACUCCUCCUUGAUACUGACCUUCGUUCCGAGUCAGCAGGAAUAUCAGACCAAGAAGUGAUCUUGUACUUGAUAGCACAAAGAUGUCAGAACCACUUUAGGGAUUAUCAACUUUUUAUCCAACCAAGAUUUUUUUUUAACCUAUUUUAAUGAGUAUUAUAGGAGCAAUUCCUGCCUGCUCAAUGUUUCUGGAGUGUUCCUAAAUGACACUAUGAUGGCUGACCUUUCUGGAUUCAUAUGAUGAAACGGUUUCAUCUUGAAUCGAGUCUUCUUCACAUUUGUAUCAACUUUUUAACAUGAAAGAGCAGCUGCCUGUUCUGACAGAACGCAGUGCUCUGACGUCUACCAUGAUUCUGUGUUGCUGGUUCACACAACAUCACCUUGUCUUGACUUCAAUGUGCCAAAUAGUGGGAUCAGACUAUAUUUUACUGUAACUGUAGCCAAUUUAAACAGUUUCAUGCAAAAUGUGUGAACGUUUUGUUUUGCUAACUAAACUCGCCGAUACUGCCAGCGCCUCACACAAAUUUUGCCCCUUUGUUUGCGUUCAUUUAUCAUUCGCUGUUCCUGAGACCUCUCUUCUCCCCCUCAGGUGUGCCCCCACCGCUCGACUCUUAAAUGCGGUCAUGGUAAAUCACUUUGUUCAGUUUAGAGCUUCACUCAAACAGCCAUUAGUAGUGUUUCCUGUCAGUGAAGGUGAGGGCCGUCUGUCAGAUCACAACACAAUUAUGGUCGGAGGACUGACUCUGGUCUUUUUUUUUCUGUACGUGUUUUAUGUGAACGUUAAAUAAAUCGGGGGCAGCAAA